AUGGCUGGGGAUGUCUGCGACCCCAGAAAUACGUUUCUGUUCGACUCUUUGAUUGCUAAUCUCGCUCACUCCUCUCUGAUUGGCCAAUGUCGGCUGAGGCUAUCGCUUGCGCAAACUGUCAAUUGGUCGUUGACAUUUUGUUACGUUUUAGUGCGUUCCUUGUGUCACAUUGUUGACAUGAUGGAGUCCUUUGCUGAUUUUGACAAUGCCACAAUUUUCGCCGUAAAAGCCCCAGUUGAUGAAGAAGGAAAACCUAUCGAACGCUGGGCUCCACUUGGUGCUAAUGACAGCCCGGAUCUUAGUACGGACGAAAAUAUAUCCGUUUCUGAUAGUACAUCAUCCGACAAGCUGCGAAGUAAUACUGAAGAACACGAAAAUUUAAAUUCGUCUCUGCUGUUAAUGACCUCGCAUUUUGCUCAGGUCCAAUUUCGACUCGAGCAGGUACUUCAGGCUGACCCAGAAGAAAAGGAAAUCCUUCUUAGAGACUUGGAACAGUUUGCUUGGAAGGGUGUACCGGAUUUGCAUGCAUUACGACUAAACCAACCAGAUUUUCAGGCCUCUACUGAAGGAUUGCGAGAUGAUCAACGAAAGAAUAACAUGUCUCACAUGAUUGAUCAGUUAAAAUCACAGCUGCAUGACUUGGAACAGUUUGCAUACAAGUCCGGUGAAAUUCAACAGCCGCCUACACAAAAUGUGCUCGAGAAACAGAGGCUUGUUUUAGAGGAGUUAGGCAAGCAUUUGGAUCUCAACGUCUCCGAGUUCCCUUCUCUUUCUGCGAAAGAGAUAAGGGAGCGCGUGAACGCUGGUCUUAAUCAGCUUACAAGGCCUAUCAAAACGAAGGAGGCUUUGGUUGAUCAACUGAAAACUCAGAUACUUGAUCUAGAGCGUUUCAUUGACUUUCUUCAUGAUGAGGGGGCACCGAAUUCGGUAAUUGGCAAGGCUCUCGAGGCAUUCAGACGAUACCAGCAGGAGCAGCGGAGCAAAACUCCGACUAUUCAACUUGAAAGGGAGGAUGAGCAUGGUUACGUGGAGGGAGGUUACCAAAUUGGCCUUUCGCGUCGUCGACAGAAUGCACAGGAUUCAUUCAAUCAGUCGAAGGGAUUUGUUUCAGAACCUGAAGGGCAGUUUGGAAAUCAGAAAAUGGUGGGAUUGAUUACUCGAGCUCUGACAAUGCUUCAGGUUUUCGCCACCAUGCAGUUAGCAAAUCGUCGUGCUAAGAUGCGCCAACAAGCUGAAAGGUAUGCCAAGUCGGCAGGCACACGAAAGAAUGGAAGUCAAGUUACUGGUGCCAAAACGCAUCACUGGGGUGACAUUCGAGCGCGCCUGGAGAUGGCUGUAGAGACUGUGUUGGAGAAGGCAGAGCGACUACGUCAGAUUCGACAGGAACACAAUCGACAACUCCAAACAUCCGUCAAUUCCUCUUCCAUUUCAUUGAAUGAAGGAGCUCGACAACCGAGCGAUAGUCGAGUUACUACUGAACGUUCCACAGUUAAGCUUCGAGAUCUCGAAUUCGUAAAAGCCGAGAGAGAUUUGAGUUUCGCAGUGCGUAAGCACUUCUGUCCAGCUCUUGAGGCUCUGAUCGAGCACGGCUCGCGUCUACCCGUGUCUACAAGGGAACGAGGUGUUGAUAGGCCCAAAACUUCCCUUCUGAGUUCCUUCCUCUCCCUACUGGGUUGUUUCUCUCGUAAUCGUCCUGAGGUUCUCAGCUAUCCAAGCAAAUUUGUUGACGACAAUGAUGUUGAAGACGAAGAGGAUGAUAGUUAUGAUGAAGAGAAUGAGGAAACAGGGACGAAGGACAUAGGAAGGAAUUAUUACACUGAGUCGGAGGAGGAGAGGCGAGCUCGGGUACUGCGCAAGAGAGAUGCUCAGAGCUCCGCUUGGGCCAUAUUCCUCAAGUACUAUGUUCUGACGAAUGGACGAGCAUUCAACGAUACUCCUGCACGAAAGUUAUCUGAGAGCUUCUCCCUGGAUAUCAUUGGUGGUAAAGUCGUUACAGCGAAGCAGCAUCUUCUGAGUUCCAUGGGUACAAUUAUGCAAGAAUUUGGCAAGUACAAGCGCAGCGAAGAAGCACAAUUUAAUGCAUUAGUCUGUAUUGGUCUCAAUUCACGCCGACUAAUUUCGUGGCUGAAGCUGGUUCUUCGAAGUCCACUUAUUGUCCAGUACAUGUACCACCCUUGGAGUUACGUAACUUCUACAGGAUUCGAUGAUGCGCUGCGAUCACUCAAUAAACUUUCCUCGGUGGAAUUUGAAUUGCCUUUUGACGCAAAUAUUCGUCACUUGCAGAGCAUUAAUGACGCCUUUUGA